GGGCGGCACGUUCUGGGACCUUCCGCACUUUGCUUUCAUCGCUCGCUCCUCUGAGUGCAAAGGCGGCGGAGCGCAUUCACUCCCCGCGGAUAUGUGCCGAAGUUCCGGCUAUCGGCGUUGAUGGGAUGAGGUGUGCAAGGAUUUCCUAGGCGCUGGGCUGUGUGACCUUCGAGGACGUGUUCGUGUACUUCUCCCGGGAGGAAUGGGAGCUCCUUGAGGAGGCCCAGAGACUUCUGUACCGCGAUGUGAUGCUGGAGAACUUUGCGCUUGUGGCCUCCCUGGGUUGUUGGCGUGAAGCAGAUGAGGAGACUCCUGAGCAGAGCGUUUCUGUCAGCAUCUCGCCGCUCAGGACUCAUGAGUCAGAUCUGUUCAUGCAGAAAGCCCACCCGUGUGACGUGUGCAACCCACUGUUAAAAGACAUUUUGCACUUGGCAGAACGGCAGGGAUCACAUGCCUUGCAGAAGCCAUACACACGUGGCCCGCGUGGGAGAGGAUUCUUACUCAGUGCAGACUUCUACCAGCCCCAAAAGCGAUGUACCGGAGAGGAUCUCUUCAGAGGGGAUGCUGAUGGGGCCUCAUACGUCCACGAAUCAGGGAGACACUUGACGUGCAGGGAGAAGGCGAUGGACUCGCUGGACAGCUCUGGCAUCUUCCAGUGCGAGACUGCCGGCCGCGGGAUGAUUCUGUACAAAAGGACUGAGUUCCUGGACUCUUUCCCACCCGCUUCCAGUCUUGGCCAACAGCGGGGGGACCGUGACAGACUGGUCCUUUUCAGCGAUAGCGAGAAAGCCUUCCUGAACACCUUCACUCUCCUCAGCAACCAGACAAGUCAGAUGGAAGCAGGACCCUUUAGAUGCGCCCCAUGUGGAAAUAUGUCCAAGGAGAAAUCAGCUCUUCUUAAUCCCAGAAAAAUUCACAGCGGAGAAGCAUCACAUGUGUGUAAAGAGUGUGGAAAGGCCUUCAUUCACCUGUCUCACCUAAAAAUGCAUCAGAAAUGUCACACUGGGAAAAGACAUUACACAUGCAGCGAAUGUGGGAAGGCAUUCAGCCGCAAGGACACCCUUGUUCAGCACCAGAGAGUCCACACUGGAGAAAGGUCCUAUGACUGCAGUGAGUGUGGGAAGGCCUAUAGCAGGAGUUCCCACCUUGUUCAGCACCAGAGAAUUCACACCGGAGAAAGACCUUACAAGUGCAGUGAGUGUGGGAAAGCCUUCAGCCGUAAAGACACGCUUGUGCAGCAUCAGAGAUUUCACACUGGCGAGAGGCCGUACGAGUGCAGUGAGUGUGGGAAGUUCUUCAGCCAAAGCUCCCACCUUAUCGAGCACUGGAGAAUUCACACUGGGGCACGGCCUUAUGAAUGCAUUGAAUGUGGAAAGUUUUUUAGCCAUAACUCAAGCCUCAUUAAACAUCGGAGAGUCCACACGGGAGCAAGGUCUUAUGUGUGCAGCAAAUGUGGGAAAGCUUUCAGCUGCAAAGACACACUGGUCCAGCACCAGAUCAUUCACACCGGAGCCAGGCCUUACGAGUGCAGUGAGUGUGGGAAAGCCUUCAGCCGUAAAGACACACUUGUGCAGCACCAGAAAAUCCACACCGGAGAAAGGCCUUAUGAGUGUGGUGAAUGUGGGAAAUUUUUUAGCCAUAGCUCCAACCUCAUUGUACACCAGAGAAUCCACACUGGAGCAAAGCCUUACGAGUGCACAGAAUGUGGGAAAUGCUUUAGCCACAAUUCCAGCCUCAUUCUGCACCAGAGAGUUCACACCGGAGCAAGGCCUUAUGUGUGCAGCGAGUGUGGGAAGGCCUACAUCAGCAGCUCCCACCUUGUUCAGCACAAGAAAGUCCACACUGGAGCCAGACCUUACGAAUGCAGUGAAUGUGGGAAAUUCUUUAGCCGGAAUUCUAGCCUCAUUCUGCACCAGAGGGUUCACACUGGAGAAAAGCCUUACGUGUGCAGCGAAUGCGGGAAAGCCUACAGCAGGAGUUCCCAUCUUGUCCGUCACCAGAGAGUUCACACUAGAGGAAAGGUUCACCCUCACGGAUGCAACAGUUUCAGUGGCCCUUUAGCUACACCUCUUAAACUUGUUUAGCACUAGAAAGUUCACACUAGAGAAAGGCCUUAUGAAUGCAGAAAAUGUGCUGUCCUCUUGUUCAACCUGAGAGGACGCCCACCAGAGAAAAUCUCUGUGAGUACCCUUUGUGAGGGAACCCUCAGCCGUCAUCCGUACGUGUGUCGUGGGGACAUUCCCGAUGAGCACCAUGUUGAUGGGAAGCUUUUGUGAAGUAUCCUGCACUUUCUAAACUACCCAGGGCUCCUGACAGAGUUAUGUCACUGCCAGUGCCUGCGGCAGAAGCCAUCUCUGCUACCAACUGUCAAGGUCCCACAGUGAGUGUCAGUCACUCUCAUAUGCUCAGGGAAGGCAGAUCCCUGUGCUCGCUCUCCUGUUUCCUGGAGGGAAUCACGAGUGUUCUGAGCCCCGUGAGGCCCUCGCUUCCUCCCCCAUGACUGGAUUCUGAGUGGACAUGAUCCAGCUCUGGCCAAAAGGAUUUGAACUGGAGUCUGCUGGAGAUUUCCAGAUAGGAUUUCUGUGUGUGAACAACGUUGACUGUAAACAUAAUAACCGCGGCUCAUUCAUCUUCUUCCACAUCACCCAGCUUUAGAACUGCUUGCUCCAUGCUGCUCUGAUCUGUUCAGUGAUGCUCGUGUGUGGGUGUGUGGGUGUUGGGGGGUGAGGUGGGGGAGGUCUAUUCGCUGUGUGGAAUAGGUUGAGAAAAACUUGGGUUCUUCAACAUGAAAGGAGGAAUACCUUUUGUCCACACCAACUUUAUGUGCCUCAGAAGGGUCAGCGGAUGGCAGAGAACAAAUCUCAGUCUCCUUGGCCUAAUUUCCAUUGUUGCCUAAGGCUUUGCUAGAAAAGAGUGAAGAGCUUUGGGUGUCUCAUCCUGUGGCCUGCAAGGCAAGUUUCCUGUGAGCCCAGAGUUCAUUUUGAGGAGGGCAUAGUUGGUGUAAAAAUCCCCAGGGCUCCUGGAAACAGCAUGGACUGGGUCUCUUGUUCCUAGGGAAUUUCCCAUAUUCCCCAACACUUUUCAAGGAUUUCUGUCUCCCGGAUCAGCCGGCCCUUGAUAUCCCUGAUACGCAGUGUUAUUGCCUGGAAGGCCCACAGGGCAAGGUGGGGUGCUUAACAGGUACAGAAACGCAGAUAACGGGGUGGGGGUGAAUGUGGCAAGCGAGAGAGUGCGGAUCUCUCCUCGAGGCAUUGACAAAUGUCCAUAUGAUUGUUGAGGGAUGAGAGUGUUUAGAACUUCUCAGGACCUUCAGAUAUCUGUAUCUCCUGUGGCCAAGGCCACUGUCCGUGUCUAAAGGUUUGAGGAUUCCUGUACCUCCCUGGGCUGUUGAGUUGUGGUCAUCACUCCACAGGCAGGAAACUCAGCACUGACAAAGGAGAGCUCCAAGGAUAGGGCUUCUCAGACUCCGCUAGCAUUCCUGGUGGCUGAAGUGGACAUGGCUUUCAUUGUGCCCCCAUUUUCGCUGACAUUGAGGCAGGGUUCAUCAUACUGUGGGGAGAGGGAUAUGGUAGAUUCAAAAUAGUUUGCAGGCGUGACUUCCCGAGAGGGACGGUAAAUAUGGACUUUAUGGGGAAUGCUUAAUUCUCAAAAAAUUGUUGAGGUAUAAUCGACAUGAAAUAAAUGUCACGUAUUAAAGUAUGAAA